GUAGGAGAGAGUUAGCACAACCCGGUGUCUGCACGGCUCUAGAUGAGGCUAGUUUAGCUGGCCUGCCUGCCUGCCUGCCAGACCUCUGCAGACUUCAGGAUUGGCUGCACAGAGGAGCUCAACGCCAGCUACAGUAUAUCGACGGUCGAUGGAAGACUAUUAGCCGUGCACAGUACUUCACGCUGACAGAGGAUAAACACAGGAAUCACAGCAUUGAUCAAUCAUCAGCUGUGUCACUGACUAGAUGAUGAAACAUCUUUACAUUGUGGUGUGAUAUGAAAAAAUCAGAUAAUAAUCACAAUAAGCUGUAUGUGGCUGCUGUUCACGUUUUGCAUUUUUAUGAGGAAUGAACUGAGGUGCUUCUUCUACUGUCUUCUGAACAUACUGCUGAUUCUUCUAUGGACACAGAUUGAGGUACAGCGCCCAGUGCAGACAGAGUGAAGUGGAGAGAGGAAGAUGCCUGCCCCGCCUCCCCCACCACCCCCAGGGCCUCCCCCUCCUCCCUCCCUUGCUGUUGCCAACACAGAGAGGCCGAGUCCGAAGGGAAGGAACGCUCUGUUGUCUGACAUUUGUAAAGGCGCCAAACUAAAGAAGGCUGUUACCAAUGACCGCAGUGGACCCUUAUUGGACAAACCCAAAGGAGGUGGAGGAGUAGGAGGAGGUGGUGGUGGCGGUGGAGGAGGAGGAGGUGGAGGUGGAGGAGGUGGAGGUGGCGGAGGAGGUUUUGGUGGUGGCGCUCCUGGUGGUUUAGGUGGCCUGUUCGCAGGAGGGAUGCCAAAACUGAGGUCUGCAACAAACAGAGACUCCUCUGACUCAGGACCCAGUCGAGCACCUAUGCUCCCCCCAGGAGGCCGCUCUAGUGGCCCCAGCCCCUUCGGUGGAGGUGGAAGCCCCUCUGGCCCACCUAAACUCCCGGGAGCCCCUGCUGGUUUCCGUAGCAACGUCCCUGAUAUUCCCAAGGGCCGCUCGAAUCUCUCAAGACAAGACACUCCAGGAGGCCCCCCUCCUCCCGUACCCAACACACCUCGACCAAACCAGAGCUUCCUGUCUCGUGGGGGCCCACCGCCGCCGUCACUCCCCGGAGGACCCAGACCCAGCCAUGCUUCUUCUGGACCUCCACCUCCUAGUGUUCCACCAGGGAGGCACGGGCCUCUCCCCCCACCGCCAGGAGGCUCUUCCCCUGGCCCACGAGCGGGCUUCUCCGGGCCUCCUCCUCCACCCCCAAACAGCAGCCGACCUCCUUUACCGCCAGCUCCUGGAGGGAGGCCCCCACUUCCUGACGACCGGCCUCCACCACCACCAGCUCCUCUGGGAGGUCAUCGGCCAUCUAUGCCCCGCGAUGUUCCCCCUCCUCCUCCCUCUGUCAACUCCAAACCGCCUUCCUCUGUCUCUUCCCCCUCUUCUCGUUCCUCCACUGGUGGGGGUGCGCCGCCUCUCCCACCGGGCCGACCGGGCCCUCCUCCUCUCCCACCCUCCCCAGCUGGAGGGGAUGAUCACAACAUCCCUCGUCUUCCUCAAAGGAACAGCUCACUUAGCAGCCCUUCAGGUCCACCGCAUGGCCGGACAGGACCUCUCCCUCCCCCACCGAACGAGAGGCCGCCAUCUCUUGGAAGGAACCAGUCUUCCGCACGUACAGGGCCCCUUCCUCCCCCUCCUCCCUCAGGUCGUGGCGUGGGUGGAGGAAGUGUGAGGUCGUCGCCAGCUCCUUCUCCUCUCGGUCGGCCAGGCCCAGAGCCCCCUCGUGGUGGACCUGGCGGUAGACCCCCACUCCCUCCAGACAGGCCCGGGACAGGAGGGGCCCCCCCUCCUCCGCCACCCAUGGGCAACGGCUUCCAAAACUCUCACCACAACCAGAUACAGGAUGAGUGGGAGUGUCGGUUCAGUUUCCAUCCAGUGUCGGACUUUCCUCCACCUGAACCCUACGUGCCCUGCCAGAAGACCUACCCCAGCAAGAUUGCCAAGACUGACGGCAAAGGUUCUGGGAAGAAGGAGAGAGGAGCUCCUCCUCUUCCUCCUAUAUCCAGGUGAAGAAAAGGCAUCACAACACCUGGAACUACUUUCUCUGUCUCCCUACCUGUGUCUCUCUCUCCCUCUCUCCCUCUCUCUGUCUCUCUGUUUUGCUCAUUGUGCUUUGACCUGCGGCAUGUGGAUCAUGUAUGGACUAUAAUAUGGACUUGAAGUACAGUUGACCAAGUAAAAGAACAGACUCACAGUGUGGAAUUUACCCCACGUGCCUCUAUAGCAGCAGAAUGGUCGCAUUCAAGGACCAAAGCGUGUUCAUACUCUGGUAUACUGUGUUCAGAUAAAAAGAAAAAAAAACUAAGGCACUAGAAAAAAGAAAAAAAGAAAAAAAAAAAGCAGGUUUACAACCAUGCAUGGCUGCAGCUGGAUGAUGCGUUUUUGGGUGGGCUUCGUCAACCUGGUUGCUGUGAGACAUAAAUCACUUAUGAACAGUAUUUUCGCAUCGUUAUCCACAUUGACUCUAAUCCAUGUUCCAGUGGAAGAUGCUUCCCAGCACCAGUCCCAGAAAACUUUUUUUCAUCCCCGUACCUACAGUUGUUGAUGGAUUUCACAAAUUCCACGCUGACUGUUAUAUUUCACCACCCACCUGCACGUUUAGAAUAAAACUCUAGACCUUCCCAGCCUGUUUACACAGACAGCAUUAGCUGAAGCUAAAUCAACAUCUUCUGGCAAGAUUACUGUCAACAUUGAAGUCCCAGGGUAAUAAUGACGCAAUAUUGCAGGGUUUAUUAUGCAACCAUUUGGCUUCCUCAGGGGUGUUGAGAAGCUGUUAAAUUUUUUUUUUGCUAGUGUUUCCAUUGUGCCUUUUUCUAAAUGUAAUUUCAGGCUGCUUAAAAGAGUUAAGGGAAUUAGCCAGGGAUGCCUUUUGUGCCUUUAAAUUAUCUGUAUGUAUAUGGUUCCCCUGUUUGUUCAGCUGGAUUGGAUCACCUCUGAUAAUGUAAAAACAGAAGCAAUACAGCAACUCGAGUGGACGUCUAGAAUGUUUAGUAUAAGAAAGUGUCAUAAUAACAUCAUUAAAAUGAAGCCUCCUAUAAUACAUAGACAGACAUGGAACUAAACUAAACAUGGCCCUGCCACUGCUGCAUAAACCAUCAGGGGAAACGCGGGUGUUUAAUUUGCCAAAGCCACAUGUGCCUUCACAAGUAUGUGUAUUUACAGCUGUGCAUUUCUGUUGGAACCACUGAAAGGUACUUUUCAUUUGAUUGUUAUAUGUGAUAUGUGCAUGCAUGUAACGUCUAUGAUUUGAAAACUAUGUUUUAACGGACAUUGUAUGAGGGUUAUGGUAGCAUUGGUUUACAGUUGAACUGAUUUUUUUUUUUUCAUUUCCUGUUUUGUUAAAAGCUGCCUUGACUUACAAUGAAGGACCUGUGUAUGUAUCUGUGUGAUUUAAUCAAGUGGUAUUGGAGGACUGUAUUAUUUUAAGUUAUGUUUCAGAACUGUGCAGUAUUAUGUUGCUUCACCCGGCACUGCUUUGGUCUUUUUGUAUACGUGUUGUAUUAACUUCAUGUGUCGGUCAAAGAAAUCUUUUCUUAAAGACAAUCAAACAGAAGUAAACCUAUUUACAUCAAUAAAUAAAAUGCUUUAAGAUGCUUUUUGUGCUCUA